ACGGCGGCCAUGUUGGGUUUAAAGGGGCUGCGCCGCUGAGGGGGCGGGCGGUGCCGGCCGUGCGAACCCGCCCCGGUGUCGCGCCGGGACUGUGACUGCUGCCGGGACAGCGCCAGCGCCGCGGCGGCCGCCCAGACCGAGCGCCGAGCAGGGCUGCAGGAGCAGCAGUAUGUCCACCAUGGUGUACCCAAGGGAGGAGAAACUGGACAAGCUGAGCCAAGAGGAGAUCAUUUCCAACACUAAGCUGGUGAUGCAAGGCCUGGAGGCACUCAAGAAUGAACACAACUCCAUCCUGCACAGCUUGCUGGAGACCAUCAAGUGCCUGAAGAAAGAUGAAGAAGCCAAUCUCGUGCAUGAGAAAUCCAACCUGCUCCGCAAGUCGGUGGAGAUGAUCGAACUGGGGCUCGGAGAAGCUCAGGUGAUGAUGGCGUUGUCCAACCAUCUGAACGCCGUGGAGUCAGAGAAGCAGAAGCUGCGCGCCCAGGUGCGGCGGCUGUGCCAGGAGAACCAGUGGCUGCGGGACGAGCUCGCCAACACCCAGCAGAAGCUGCAGCGCAGCGAGCAGACCGUGGCUCAGCUGGAGGAGGAGAAGAAACACCUCGAGUUCAUGAACCAGCUGAAGAAGUAUGACGAGGACGUGUCGCCUUCGGAGGAGAAGGAGGGUGACUCCGCCAAGGACUCUCUGGAUGAUCUGUUCCCGAAUGAGGAGGAGGAGCACGGUCCUGGAUUGCCCCAUCAGCACAGCAGUGCAGUGGCAGCUGCCCAGCAGGGAGGUUAUGAGAUUCCAGCCCGUUUGCGCACCCUCCACAACCUCGUCAUCCAAUACGCCUCCCAGGGACGCUAUGAGGUGGCUGUGCCACUCUGCAAGCAGGCACUGGAGGACCUGGAGAAGACAUCAGGCCAUGAUCACCCUGACGUGGCCACCAUGCUCAACAUCCUGGCACUAGUGUACAGGGAUCAGAAUAAAUACAAAGAGGCAGCACACCUCUUGAACGAUGCUCUCUCCAUCCGUGAGAAGACUCUGGGCAAAGACCACCCAGCGGUGGCAGCAACCCUGAACAAUCUGGCUGUUCUCUAUGGCAAGAGAGGGAAGUACAAAGAAGCAGAGCCCCUGUGUAAGCGAGCCCUGGAGAUCCGUGAGAAGGUCCUAGGAAAAGACCAUCCUGAUGUGGCCAAGCAGCUGAACAAUCUAGCCCUGCUGUGCCAGAACCAGGGCAAGUAUGAUGAGGUGGAGUACUACUACUGCCGGGCCCUGGAGAUCUACGAGAGCUGCCUGGGGCCUGAUGACCCCAACGUGGCCAAGACAAAGAACAACCUGGCCUCCUGUUACCUGAAGCAAGGCAAAUACAAAGAUGCAGAGGUGCUGUAUAAGGAGAUCCUCACCCGUGCUCAUGUGAAGGAGUUUGGCUCUGUGGAUGAUGAACACAAGCCAAUCUGGAUGCAUGCAGAAGAGAGAGAGGAGAUGAGCAAGAGCAAGCACAGAGACAGCGCUCCUUACGCAGAGUAUGGUGGCUGGUACAAGGCCUGUAAGGUCAGCAGCCCGACUGUGAACACUACUCUGAGGAACCUGGGUGCUCUGUACCGACGCCAGGGCAAGCUGGAGGCCGCCGAGACCUUGGAGGAGUGCGCGGUUCGCUCCCGGAGGCAGGGCAUUGACCCAAUCAACCAGACGAAGGUGGUGGAGAUCCUGAAGGAGGGUGAUGGCACAGAGAGGCGCCGGAGCCUGGGGGGCAGCGUCAAGUACGAGAAUGCCACAGACGGUAGCGAGGAAGUGAGUAUGGGCGUGGAAUGGAGCGGGGCUUAAAUGCCUCCCGAGACUCCCUCUUUCCCCUCCACCGCAAUCACCUGGAUGUUUGUGUUGUACCUUCCGACUUUUCCUCCACACCAUCCCUCCUUCCUCGGCAAGAGCUCGGCGCCAGGCCCCCAGCCCUCCCUGGGCACCGCGACGCCUGCACAGCAGCGCCUGGCCCCGGGGCCCAGCAAGAGCAGGAAGAAAUCUGCAAGGAGGAGCUGCCUGCUCCCCAGCCCAGGCCCAGGCCAGGGUGACGGGCCACCGUCCCCUCACGUGCCUCCCACCCCCAGCCUGCUCCUUACACGUCCCUGGGGGACCAGGCCUGCGAGGGAUUGGCUUCGCUGCAGCCGUGUACCGGCUCCGUCGUCAUUAGACAUCCUCAGCCCUCCUAGCUCGUUCCUCCCAUCUCUGCAGGGGCCAGUGAUGGAGGCACGAAGAUACGGGGGGGGCUUGUUUUGGGACAGAGAGGCCUGGCCUUGAGAGGGCUGUGGUGUGCCUGGUUGCUUCCUUCCCUGUAGGCUUAGCUGCAGUUAAGGCCCUGUAGCAAACCUGCGCUGGCCACUGCUGAGCUGGGGUCUCCCCAUCUUCCUUCCCAUCCUCCUCCCCACUGAGUUCUGCAACCCAGGGGCAGCAGGGGGGGCUCUCAGAGUGUAGGGCAGCCCAUAGCUACUGUACAGCCAAGAUGAGGUGAGGGGGUGACAGCCCAGGGCGAUGCAUGGGACAGGGAUGUGCCAGGACCAGCAUGUUGCCACCUCCUGACCUGAUGCCAUAGCAGACUUCUUCACCUGCUGGCAUUAGGAAGUGAAUCAGGUCUCUGUUGCUCCAGAGUCACCAGGUGUGGCUGCUGGGAGAGGGAGAGGUAAGGGUGAAAGUGUUUGUUUGCUGUUCCUAAAAGGCAGAGGGAAGGGUAGGAAGAAAGCUGAGCUUUUCUGCAAUGGGCCCUAAGCUGUUAGAUAUGGCUGAGAUGGGGAAUGAGCUGGUUUGGAGAAGAGGGGUUGGGAGAAAAUGGAAGUGCAAAGAAGGAUGUGAGGAAAGGAAGAGCUGAGGCUCGAGAUGCUUAGAGCAUGUGAGGCAGAGGAGGUGGCUGGAGGGAGGUUUCCACAGGAGGAGAAAGGGAUUGGUGGCUCAUGGAGGAGGGUGACUCUUGAACAGAGGACCUGGUUUGCCAAAUGUGGUCCCUGAGGCUGGGUGAGAAGUCUGUAACCCUGUUGCUGCUGGGAAGACAGUGCUGACCCUUGGUUUGAGGGGGGCUGCUCAGUGCCCCUGAUGAGGCUGCAGACCUGCACAGAGCCUGGUGCUGUUGGUCACUCCUGGGAAAGGGGACAUCUCCCAGGACCAGACCCACCUGCCCUGAGCCUCACUCCCUUGGGUGCCCACCCUCAUUCCCCCUCCUCUAGGAAGUGAACAUCCCAGGUCUUCCUGCCUGGGAAGAAAGCAGGGGAGGCUGCAGCCAGCAGGAUAGAGCCCAGAGGCCAGCGCAGGACCCUUCCCCCCCCCUCCUCCUUUCCCCCUUAUUUAUUUAUCUAGAUAGUUUCUUUCACGCUAGUCAUCUGGCAGGUUGUGAUACUAAAUGUGCUCGUGUCUGUCUGGGCCUGGCUUUCCUGCGCUGGUGCAGAGGCCUUGGGGCACGUGGCUGCUGCUCCCCUGGGAGCUUGUGCUUGGUGAAAGGAUGUUUGUCCUCAGGCCUGUGGGAUUUGGAGCCCGGGGCUGAGUGCUCUAGGGCUGUGCCUUCCCUGCCUGCCUCUGCCAGUGCUGGAGAGCAGCCAGUCCCCAGUGCAGGGUGCGUUCAGGCCUCGGUGCCAGCUGCCCCUGCGCUGCUUUUAUUUGCCACAUCCUGGACCUGGUGCUGUAACAACCGUACCUGUGAUUAAAGGCAGACAGACAGACCCGAA